AUGUGGUCAUAUGAGUCAUAUGUGGUCACGGCGAGGAUUAUAGAUCACGUUCCUGUGGAAUUGCACAUCAGUGUGGAGGACAAGAUCCUCACAGUUGUGGACAGGACUCUGUUUGGAGAGAACUGCACCACGAUUGAGCUGGGCGGCGUGGAAGUCGAGAAGGAGACCCGCAACAAGCGGAAAAAAUUCAUGCUCUCUGCCUUUGAAGACUUGUCAGAGGGCACGUCGCAGCUGACGGUGAAGUGUCGACUUUUCCAGCGUGGAGAUGGCUGGUACUCCCUACAGAGCUUCGCGGUGCUUCCAGAGGGCAGUCUGCGGGAAUGCUACAUCUUGAAGCGGCCGGGAGCAGAGGAUGUCGUGGUGACACGCGUCUUCAGCAGCCUCGAUGGCAAUGCGUUCGCUCGGAAGGAGGAAGGCCUCGAGGUACAGGAUUCGCCGAGAUCCGGCAAAACGCUUCAACUCCUGGGUGGUGCUGGUAUCGUGGCAGGAUUAUUGGGCGCAGCACUCUGCAUGAUCUCACCAAAGUUGUCAUAG